AAGUGCCCAUUGGGUAUUCAAAGCACCUCACAACUCAACAAAAGGACCUCAAGCAGCCUUUCAUUUACUUUUGCAUUCCCUCAUUCACUUGCAAAAACCAUUUCUUUUAUAAUUUCCUAGCUAUCUUUUGACAUUGUUUCCUCAUUAGCAAUGGAAAGGGUUACAAAGUUGGCAUCCGAGAAGCCGGUGGUGAUCUUCAGCAAGAGUUCUUGUUGCAUGUGCCACACCAUCAAGACCCUUUUCUAUGAGUUUGGGGCGAGCCCUGCAAUCCAUGAGCUCGAUGAAAUCCCUAGGGGGCGUGAAAUUGAGCAAGCUCUGUUGAGGCUCGGUUGCAGCCCUUCUGUUCCGGCCGUGUUCAUUGGUGGUGAACUUGUUGGUGGAGCCAAUGAGGUCAUGAGCCUUCACCUUAAUCGAUCCUUAAUCCCAAUGCUUAGACGAGUUGGAGCCCUUUGGGUUUAACUAAAAUACCCCUAACUUGCAAGUCAAGGCAUUAAUAAACAUGUGAUUAUGUACACGUAAUCACAUUAAUUAGAUCCAUAUAUAAGAGUAUAGAUUUCAGGUCUAAUUAACAUUAGAAUGUAUUAAGAGCGGUACGCACUUUAUAUGGUCUUACUUAUUAUCGAGAGUAAAAUAUCUUUUUGGUAAUGUAUUAAUAUGCUUUUUUAAUAAUAAAAAU